GUUGUUUUGAUGGCAAAAUUUGACAAUGUAAUAUGUUUUGAUAUUUUUUUAGUUUAUUAUUUAACUUUUAUUAUUUGUUAUUGUUUAUUGAUUUACCACUGGUAUAAUUUAUUAUAAUGUCGGACAAUUUACCAUCGAUAUAUGAGAUUUUUGAACAGGAAAAUUUGUUCAAUGGUAUGCGUUCUGGCUUUAAAUAUUUGGCAAAUAUUCUGGCAUCAAAUAAUCCUGGUCAUUUUCAAAUCUUGCAUCAAUAUUUUGAUGAAUUUUACCUUUUCCAUGAAAUAAUCAUCCAAGGAAUUUACCUAAUUUCAUACAGUGCCUCAUUCUGUGAACAUUUUUAUAAUCUUAAAAGAGUAAAGUGUGACUCGUCAAGACUUAGUAGUCGUGAUAUUGCUUCAUCUUUGCUUGUCACUUCUUCUUUUUCAUACCUCAAAAGUAAAUUUGAUAAGUUUUAUGAUGAACUGUCUCGGAUUCAAUUUGAAGGUUUACUCAAUAGAGAUGUUGAUAAAUUUGCAUUCCAUUUCGUCAACAAUUAUCCUUACUUAAAGACUCUUUGGGAGGUGAGCUGUUUAGUGUAUCAAAUUAAGUAUGCUGUCAGUGUUAGCAAAACACACCACCCACUAUUUCACCUACUUGGACUAAGGUUGAUUCGCAAUGAUCCAAGAGACAUGAAAAGACGAGGGUUGGUAUUAAAAAUAGCAAAAGGAGUUGGUAUGUUGAUGACGAGUGCUGCUUUGGUUGUUCAAUUUAUUGAUUUUUGGUAUUCCCGAGAAAGCUCAAGAUCAUCGUAUUCAACAUUAUCAAUUCCACCAGCCCCUAAGAAACGUGAAACUCCCAAUACUCGACCAAACGAUUGUCCACUCUGUUCACAGCCUCGUCGAAAUGAGGUACUUUUAAAGACUUCUGGUUUUCUCUUCUGCCAAGAAUGUUUGGUCAAUUUUGUGCAAAAAAAUGAAAAAUGUCCGAUAACUGGAUAUCCCACUAACUUGUCCCAAAUUGUACCAAUUUACCAGUCAGACUCAUUCUAAUUGUUUUGCUUAUGCCUUAAAAUUUUAUCAACUUAAUUUAUUUAUGAUAAUUAAAAUAAAAGAUCUGAAUCUUUUUACGUAUUU